CGGGUGGAGAUUUCAAAGAAGGAAUACAGCCUCAACGUCCUAGGGUCUUCCACACAAUCACACCAUUCAAUGUCGUUCGCUCUCAAAUUGAAUCUCUCAAACCCUAGAAUCAAACCCAACUCCAACUUCGCCGGUAACGCCGUCAUUCCCCACCGUCUCAGCCUCCCGGCACGGCGGCUCAACUCCCUUUCCGUCCACUCACAGUACGUUGACGGCGCAUCCGAGCCGUCAAUUUCAUCGCAUUACACCGAAACCAUCGGAACCCCAUCGCCGUCGUCUCAGCUUCUCCAGUGGAACCUCACCCAACGACACGUCGUCGUCCUCAAUGUCGUUGCUUGCGCCGCGGCGGUUUCUGCUACGUGGCUCUUCUGCUCUGCAAUUCCAACGCUUCUGGCUUUCAAGAAGGCAGCUGAUUCACUUGCGAAGCUGAUGGAUGUGAUGAGGGAAGAGCUUCCGGAUACAAUGGCGGCUGUUCGUUUAUCCGGGAUGGAGAUCAGUGACCUCACCAUGGAGCUCAGUGAUCUCGGACAGGAGAUUACGCAAGGUGUGAGGAGUUCUACUCGGGCUGUUCGUGUGGCAGAGGAGAGGUUGCGCGGCUUGACUAACAUGGCUCCUUCAGCAUCCGUGCAGGUAGUAGAAAGUCCGAAAACUGAGGUGGCAGGGCCAUCUUUGGCUAGAACUGCAAGAAGCAUACGAGAGGGAGUCGUGAAGAGUCGUGCUCUCUGGCAAAUGUUUUUUACCAUCACCCGCUUUUCUAGGUUGGCAAUCAACUAUUUGAUCAGGCGGAAGAAGCAAUAGCGGAGAUCACAAUACAUACGGGAGCUUCAUGGUGAGCAGCAUCAAAUUUUGUGAAUGUACAUAACUCUUCCUUAGUUCAUGUUUAAAAUCUUAAGUUAGCAUUGUGUAUUUCCAGUUGGGCUUUGAGUUAAACAUCCUUUGAUUUGCCAUCUUCCUUUCUGUUGUUACUUGCAAGCGCAACUGAUUUCUUGUAUAAGACCACUGCUGUUAUGCUUCUACUUGAUCAAUAACAUCCUCUUGUUGAACUGGA